GGGAGAUGUCAGUACGCGUGCGCGGCCUGGGGAUAUGGCGACGGUGGUGGCCUGAAAAAAAAAUUGUCACGUCGACUAAAGCGCAAACACACGGCGCGGAUGAGCCGUGAGCAGCAUGGCCAGGCAUAGAAAUGUCCGCGGACUGAAGUAUGACGAAGACUUUGAAGAUGAUGAUGUCUAUGGCCAAUCUGUAGAGGAUGACUACUGCAUUUCUCCAGCAACAGCUGCUCAGUUCAUUUACAAACGAGAUGAUUACAACAGAAGAGCCUUUGCAGAGGAACCUCUGGAAGAAGGUGAUGAAUAUGCAGAAGAUAAAGUGGAGGAGCCUUUCCACAGGAAUCAGCCAUUACUAAGUGAAGUUGAUCAAGCUCGUCUUCAUUCCUGUCUAGAUAAAAUGCGAGAAGUCUUGAGGGAAUCUGUAUCAGAUCAAGUCAUGGUCGAUGCUGUGCUGAAUAGUCAGUAUGAUGCACAUAAAGCCCUGGACCUUGUGCUAUCUGAGGACUGCCAUCAAAAAACAAAAAGAAAGGUUCAGAAUACAGUCCCUACACGGAAAUCCAUAGUAGGAGAUAUAUUUUAUUCAUCCAAAUUAGUAGAUUCUAAACCCACAGAUUCAUGUUUACCAGUAAUGUUGUUAGAUGACACUGAUAAUUCUUCAGCUUUUGAUUUGAGUAUUCUACUGUCGACCAAAUCUGAGUUCAGUUCUGUGUCUGCUCCCAUGGCAGCCUGUGAAUCUGUUAAUAAUGAAAGUGCAAAUGAGGGAGAGGAAACCUCAGCACAGUGCAUUUCGUUGUUGGAAAUGAUCAAAGAAACCCCAAACGUGGCACAGACAGAUGCGAAGACAUUAAAUUGCCCGUUGAUUGACCAGGCUACAAUAAGUUCAGUUGAAGGCAUAAAUCUUGCUGAUCUGAUUAAAGCCAGUGAGCAUAGUGACUGCCAAGAUUUGAAUCCAACUAUGCUACCUCUCUGUGAAAAAUCAGAAUUGCCGACAGUAAUGAAUUUUGAACAGUCUGUCAGGCCUGCAUCAAACAUAUCAAGGUUGUCUUUAUUAACACAAAAUAAUACUGAAGGAAUUUCACAACCCUCCCCUACGUCCCUGUCAAAACUGCCUUUUACAACAUUGAACACUAAUCACACUCCAUCUAAUUCUUUCAGUGUGCCAGCACAAAAUCCUGAGUGCUUAACAUCAUCACUUGGGGCUUUGAGUCUUGUUGAUCAACUGAACCAACACCAGCAGAAAAGUAAUAGACUCAAUACUACACUGGUUACAAAUGCCCAAAGCAGUCCAGUAGACAUAACAAGAGAAAAUAAUUUGUCCUUUCAUCAGUAUGGAAGUCCGUCUCUGGCUGAUCUUAUUGAGGAACAUAAAAAAAAUAGUCCCAGCAGCUCAAAUUCCUCCUUUGUUCCUUCUAGGUUUCCGUCAGUAAGGUCAACGCAUAGUGCAAUAUUGCCUUUAGGGUCUUUAUCUUUGGCACAGUUAGCCAGCGAAUGCCAGACUAAAACAACAGCAGAUACAUUCACAGGAUCGUUGUCAUCGUUAAUAACAUGCAAGCCAAUGCAUAUUUCUGAAAUGGGAAAUAUGUCACUGUUUGAUUUGAUCACAGAAAAUACUCAACAAAUGCCUGAAAAUUCAAAAGCAAAGGAUGCUCAUUUUGUUACAAGUGAAAAUCAGCAUUCUUCAGGAAAAACCAUAGGGCAGCUAUCUACUGAUUUGAAUGUGCUGACACAACAAAAUACCUCAGCAUUGGACACUGAUCUUCUAAACAUGUAUAUUCAAAAAUCUGUUCUUCAAAAUACAAAACCAGUGAAUUACAAAGCAUUUAAUAGGAAUACAAGUAUUCAUAAUCACAAGCUUUCAAAGCGAACGAGGACCACAUCUUGGACAAAACAUUGUUGUGCUGAACCAUCUUGUUUUGCUCUUGCAAUGUGUUUUCAGAAUCCUGUAAGGAAAAAGAAAAAAUCUUUACUUAAUAUUCACACAACAUUUUUAUACAGCAGACAAGUUCCGGAAACAAAGGGAGAAGAUCAGGUCCCUUUAUUUGAAAUAAAACCAUUUGACUUCAGUACGCCUUCUCCAGAUGAUAUUAUAAAGGCUAGCCAGAAGAAAGCUUUUAUUAGAGACUAAGGCUAAUAUGACGCUGCCUUCCUUUGUUUAAUACUGGGGGGAAUUGUUUUUUGUCUAGUUAGAAAUGUUUUGGACUGGACCUUCAUUUGAAUUUUUGGGGAAAUUGUUCAGUUAGUUCACAUGUACAGGCAUUGUUUCAGGCUGUUGGUACAUAUUUAAAAAAAAAGGAAGGUUGUUGACGAACUUUCCACACUUAAUUUAGUUCAGUCACUGGGUACUAUCCGUUGUGACGCAAUGCUGAACUUUACCUCUAUCUAAAAGUAAUGUAUAUACAAAUCUUCAUUCUUCAUAUGUUGUAUUAAGAUGACUUUUUUUGGACCAAUCUUUAUGAAAAUUUUGGAUUUUUACUUUUAAUUUUUAUAAUAUUCUUAAAUGAGUUUUACAGAAGUACUACGUUGGUAUAUUUGUAAUUUUUCUAUAAUUCUAAUAGUGAAAAGCAGCUUUCCAAUUUGCAAGAAUUUCUUCCUUCUUCGCCAAAGCUGAAGUUUGGCAUUUAACAAAAAUUCUUUGCAUUUGCUUUUAGUGUCAAGUGGAAAACAUUACAGAAGACCAUAAUGCAAGAAAUAACAUUUUUUAAAACACAAUAUCCUAAAGGGUGCAACAUGAUGUUUUUUUGGUGGUGAUGUGGAACUGGUUGCUUUUUCAGUACUAUUCUCCGCAGUUGUUCAAAUUGCAUAUCCAAGCUCGCUAUUUAUAUCAGGGAUGAUAACCAUGCAAAACGGUAAUUUCACUGGAAGUACGUAAGUUGUAUGAGAGUCCAGAAUAGUCAAUUUUAAGAUCACUUAAAUUUAUAACAAUUAGUGCACAAAAGUUCGAUUGUAAAAUAUCGGUGUUAUACUUCUUGUACUGAGCAAUUCAUCAAUGAGAAGGACGUAAAGGUUGUGUUGUGAAUUAGUAUUUUCCAUUAUUGUCCCAUAUGGACUCGUUAUGAAAUAUAAGCAGACAUUUUCAUUUUACUAUGUCAUAGCUGAUACCAGUAAAUCAAAUAUAGUACGGUUGGGGUAAAGUUUCUCUUCCAGCAAUGCAAAACUGUCUUGCAGUAAAUUGGAUACAGUGUUGCCAUUGUGUCUGUUUCUAUUUUCCAUUGACUUUGAAAAUGUUGCCAAGUUUUUUUCACUUCAAAUUAAGUGAAAGUAACAGAAAAACCAGGAAACAAGCUUCCAAAAGGGGUGAACAAUUGUUCUGUGAACUUCAGUUGAAGGACAAUUAGAAUAAAAUUUACAGCCAA